GACAACACUAAACCAUAGACAAAGCAGUUUUGUUCAUUUCCGGGAGCAGAAGAAACCAUCUUUUUGAUUCCCCUUGUUGUCGUUGUCAGAUCGGCGAUUUUAUAAAAAGCCGCAACCAUGGGUCGUAUGCACGCACCUGGCAAGGGUAUCUCCCAAUCAGCACUGCCUUACCGCAGAAGUGUACCAACUUGGUUAAAAUCUACCGCUGAUGAUGUUAAGGAACACAUUUUUAAGUUCGGCAAGAAGGGUCUUACUCCCUCACAAAUUGGUGUCAUGCUCAGGGAUUCCCACGGAGUGGCACAAGUCAGAUUUGUCACUGGUAAGAAGAUCCUCCGUAUCAUGAAGGCCAUGGGACUCGCUCCCGAUCUACCCGAGGAUCUCUACUACCUGAUCAAGAAGGCUGUCGCCAUGAGGAAGCACUUGGAACGCAACAGGAAGGACAAGGACAGCAAGUUCAGGCUGAUUCUGGUCGAGUCGAGAAUUCACAGGCUCGCUCGUUACUAUAAGACAAAGAGUGUGCUGCCUCCCAACUGGAAAUAUGAGUCCAGCACGGCAUCUGCCUUAGUGGCUUAAGUUAAUAAAUUUCUUAAAAACA